AGAAAACUCCAUUGACAAUUGCUGUUGAUGGGCCAUGAGUGUCAGCGGGAAAAUCUUGGGAGAAGGAAAACCUUUUGUUUGUUUGGGCAGCUCAAGGUUUUCUUUUUCCCUCUGGUUUGGAGCUUCUCAAAUGUGGGGAGAACUGCUGCACUGGAGCGGUGCCACCAUUAGUUAGCACAAAAAGCGCAAUAAGUCAUGGUUAAAGGCCAAAUUCAGUGUCAGUUUUCAGUAAGGAAAAGCGAGAGCUGAUUGAAUGGUCCAUGAGGCUUCUCCUUGUAUAUAAGGCCUUCUAAAGUUAACGCAUGCAAUCACUCCACACAGCGUUGCUCCUCUCUCUCUAGGAACAUGCAGUCUCCUUCUCUAACAUGGGCAUGGAGGGGCAUUCUGAUCGUCUCUGUCACGCUUUUCCAAAUGUGUUGCUCAAGGGAGUUGGAUGCUAAUUUCUCUCUCCAAGACAGGAUCCUCAGGCUGCCUGGCCAGCCUCAGGUUAGCUUCCAGCAGUUCUCAGGCUACAUCACAGUGGAUGAGCUGAAAGGGAGGGCUCUUUUUUACUACUUUGCCGAAGCAGAGUUCGAUCCAUCCACAAAGCCCCUGGUUCUCUGGUUGAAUGGAGGACCCGGUUGCUCCUCUGUUGGGGUCGGGGCAUUCUCAGAGAAUGGGCCUUUCAGACCAAAAGGUGAAGUGCUGGUGACAAAUGAGUAUAGUUGGAACAAAGAAGGCAACAUGUUGUAUUUGGAGACCCCAGCAGGAGUUGGUUUCUCGUACUCAAGAGAUUCUUCCUUCUAUGAGGGUGUGAAUGAUAAGAUGACAGCCAGAGAUAAUUUGAUUUUCCUUCAACGCUGGUUCACAAGGUUCCCACAUUACAAGAGCAGGGAUUUAUACAUAGCCGGAGAAAGCUAUGCAGGCCAUUAUGUUCCACAACUUGCUAAACUCAUGGUUGAGUUUAAUAACAAGGAAAAGAUCUUCAACCUAAAAGGAAUUGCCUUGGGCAAUCCAGUCCUUGAGUUCUCAACUGAUUUCAACUCAAGAGCGGAGUUCUUUUGGUCCCAUGGCUUGAUAUCAGAUUCUACGUAUAAAAUAUUCACUUCUGCAUGUAACUACUCACGCUAUGUUGGUGAGUAUUACAGAGGAUCUCUUAGUCCACUCUGUCAAAGAGUGAUGAGCCAAGUCACAAGAGAAACAAGCCGAUUUGUCGACAAAUACGACGUCACUCUUGAUGUUUGUAUAUCUUCAGUUCUAGCUCAGUCCGCUGUUCUAAGUCCUCAUCAAGUUACAGAGCACGUUGAUGUUUGUGUCGAAGAUGAAACGGUGAGUUAUCUCAACCGCAAAGAUGUACAAGAUUCCCUUCACGCACACCUUUCAGGAGUUACUAAAUGGACUGUUUGCAGCAGCGUUCUCGAUUAUGAAGUACUCAACUUGGAAAUACCAACAAUUAACGUUGUAGGAUCCAUUGUGAAGGCCGGAAUCCCUGUAUUGGUUUACAGUGGUGAUCAGGAUUCUGUGAUCCCAUUGACUGGGAGUCGAACUCUGGUGCAAAAGUUGGCAAAGGAGAUAGGACUGAAAACAACAGUUCCAUAUAGAGUUUGGUUUGAGGGAGAACAGGUUGGUGGAUGGACUCAAGUUUAUGGUGAUAUCUUGUCAUUUGCUACCAUAAGAGGAGCUUCCCAUGAAGCUCCAUUCUCACAGCCUGAGAGGUCUCUUGUGCUGUUCCGAGCAUUCCUUCAAGGAAGACCACUACCUGAGACCUUCACUUGAAGCUCAAAGCCUUGGAGCGCAAGUGUGUGUAAGUAGAGGAUGGGGCUUGGUGCUUCGGUUGGUCUGUUGUCUAGGAAAGUUGUGUGUUAGAAAGCGCACAAAAUGUGACUCUGAUAAUCAAGGUCCUCUUGGGGAGAAGCUACUUAAACCUUUGAAAAGCAAAACAAUGGAGUUCCAAAUGGCUUCAAAUUAUGCCUCCCUUGUUAUUAUUCGUUAUUUUGCAUAUCUAAGUCUUAUAAUCUUGAAAAAGUAACUCUAAUCUGUUCAUUCAUGUGAAUCAAGUUGAAUAUUUAGAAGUGAGGCCUUAUGAAAUA